AUGCAGAGCGUGACGGAGUUCAGAUGCGGUGGGUUCGCAGUGGGCAUCAGAUUCAAUCACACAAUGUUCGACGGCAUCGGGGUCGCCCAGUUCACGAAAGCAGUCGCUGAGCUCGCAAGAGGCCACGCUUGUCCCCUCGUUAAGCCAGUCUGGUGCAGGGAAGCCAUCCCUAGUCCGCCGAACCUAUCGCGACGACAUGCACCCUCCCCCCCUGGCAUCCACUUCGAGACCUCCGUGUUCGACAUCUCCUCCGACCAGAUCAACGCGUUGAAGAAUCAAUUCUGCAGGGAGACGGGCCAGAAGUGCUCCACCUUCGACGUGGUCACGGCGAUGCUUUGGCAAUGCCGGACGCGGGCGAUAAGCCUGGACCCUCACGCCGACAUGCACCUCGGCUGCGCCGCCAACACCCGCCACCUGCUGCGGGGGCUGCUGCCGCAGGAAGGUUUCUACGGCAACUGCGUGUAUCCCAUGGGAAUCAAGGCGAACGCCAAGACCAUCUCUGGUUCCUCGCCGGUGGAGGUGAUCGAGCUGAUACGAGCCGCCAAGACGAGGAUGCCCGCCAUGUUCUUGGACUGGAUGAUGGGGUACACGGACGACGACCCGUACGAGAUGCCAUUGGAGUACGGGACGCUGGUGGUGUCGGAUUGGAGCAGGGUGGGGUUCUCAGAAGUGAACUAUGGGUGGGGGGAGCCGAUCCAUGUCGUUCCGUUGAAUGAUGACCACAACUUCAUCCCUUCCUGCAUCUACCUGCAGCCGUCCAAGCCGAAGCAAGGCGUGAGGUUGAUGACACGAUGUGUUCAAAAGGAACAUCUACCUGCCUUCACCGAAGAGAUGAAGCAGUUUGUCCAUAAUUAGCAUGACAUCAACCAUCCUCCGCCUGGCUUGAAGGAACAGUUGAUGCAGUCAUGACUGCAACCUACCUCUCGUUGCUCAUGUUGUUCUUCAUGUGAUGCUAAUAAAUGGGACUCUAUCCAUACGAUCCUUAUUCCC